AUGAGCUACUGGAGCAGUCUCCGCGGGAGGUGGCCUGUCCCCGCCGGAGCGGUGUCCCUCAGGAGAUGCAGCACGCGGGUGACUCUGGAGGGUGUCAACAGGCCCGUCAUAGACCGCAUCAUCCGCGUGGACCACGCCGGGGAGUACGGGGCGAACCGCAUCUAUGCGGGGCAGAUGGCCGUCCUGGGUAGAUCGAGCGUGGGACCGAUUAUCCAGCAAAUGUGGAAUCAAGAAAAAGACCACCUGAAAAAGUUCAAUGAACUAAUGGUUGCAUACAGGGUUCGACCUACUGUUUUAUUGCCUUUUUGGAAUGUAGCAGGUUUUGUUUUAGGGGCUGGAAGUGCUUUACUUGGAAGGAAAGGUGCGAUGGCUUGCACAGUGGCAGUGGAAGAGAGUAUAUCGGAUCACUACAACAGCCAGAUCCGAACUCUUAUGGAAGAAGAUCCAGAAAAGUACAAAGAGCUAUUGCAGAUAAUAAAGCAAUUUCGGGAUGAUGAACGGGAGCACCAUGACAUUGGGCUUGAGCAUGAUGCAGAAGCAGCACCAGCUUAUUCCGUUUUGAAGACAGCUAUACAACUUGGAUGCAAAGCUGCAAUAUUUUUAUCAGAAAGAAUUUAGUGAUAUUUUCCAUAAUGUUUGUGGCAGUGAACUGUGACACAAAAG